GACACGCACACUGAAGAAUUCAAAAUAUUAACUUUUUUGCUUUGUUUUAUGUGCGAUUGGCAUCAAAAUACCGAUUAGAAAAUAUAAUUUAUCUCUAAUGUUACUUCCGCCAUUGUUUAACAAAAUCAUUUGGGUAAACAGAAUUGGCAAGAAUGUCAGAAACAAAAUCUGCAAAUCAAAGAAGGUCGAAAAGAAUGUCCCGGUUUGACAAGAGUCAUGAAGCAGACUUGGCUGCCAUGAAGGCCGUAAAAAAAUACGUGACAUGUUACUUUAGGAGGACAGCCCCUGAAAAUGACGAGGGUGUUACCGAAGAUACUAUAAUAGUGAAAAAGAAUUUAGCUGACGACGAAAUUGUCAUUUCGAAGAAAGUUCACAAUCCUAAAAAAGUUUUCUAUUCCAGAGGAAAAAAAAAGUCAGUUGUACCUGUCCAAAGACGAACUGGAAUUUAUAAUUAUGAUGAUGAUCCUGACAUGGAACUUGAUGCUCAGUUAGCAAUAGAUUUGUUAAGCGACCCAAUCAUUCCUGUAGAAGAAAAUGACGAUGGAACAUCUAAUCAGCCAAAACGACCGUCGAGAAAAAUAAAAAGACCGUCCAAAUAUGCAGACACAAUUGUUGAUGAGGACCCGGAAAUAUCAGAUGAGUUUGAGGAUGAUCUUGAUGACGAAUGGGAACCUGAAAAGGAAACUUCACACGAUGAUGAAAAUGGUGAGGAAAAACUGGUGAGUUCAGAAGAUGUAAACAAUGAGAAUGGUAGAGAUACGACGCACGGUAGAAAUGGCAUGGACACAAACCAGAAUGGUGAAGAAGCUGAAGCGGUCGCUACAAUAUUAGAGGAAUUCAAUAGUUCCACUAAUUCAACUGUUGAUUCCAAAUCCUCCACAAAAAGUUCUAAAAAAGGGGGCAAGAAGAAGAAAAUGAAAGGCGUUAAGAAGACAAAGUCGGGUAAAAAAGUGGAGGCAUCUAAACAUACAACAAAUACCGAAUCCAAAAAUAUGGGGGAGGAAACCCCAGAAAGGAUAACAGAAUUUUUUUGCGAAAUAUGUGGACUAAAGUUUAAACAUAAAUGCACUUUGAAAAAUCACAUGCGAACACAUACUGGUGUUAGACCUUAUCAAUGCACGGUAUGUGGCCAGUCAUUCACCAUGAAAUCAAUCCUAGCUUCCCACGUCAUAAUCCACUCAGACGAAAGACCUUUCCCGUGUACCAAAUGCGACUGGACGUUUAAAAGCGAGAAGCGUUUAAAAGACCACCAGCAAGUGCACACCGAAGUAAAACCGCAUGCUUGUGAAGAGUGUGGACAGAGAUUCAAAAUAAAAAGGAACUUAAUCUGCCACCAGAUGAUGCACCAGGGUGUAAAACCCUAUAAAUGCGAUCAGUGCGAUUACGCCUCGACGAGAAAGAGUUGUGUGAUUAAUCACAGAUGGACACAUCUGCCUGUUAAACGUUUCAAGUGCCAAGAAGUCGGUUGCGAUAAAACAUUUUCACAGAAGGGAAAAUUUACGGUUCAUAUGAAUAAACACAAAAAUAUCAGACCUUAUGCAUGCACCAUCUGUGAAAAAGCGUUCUUCAGACAGGAUAAUCUGGCGCUUCAUAUGCGAAUACACACAGGACUUAAACCUUAUAGCUGUGAACCAUGUGACAAAGUGUUUAACACUCUCGCGGCUUUUAAAACGCAUAUAAGAAAAAUACACUUGGAAGACGGAAUGUCGCUUCUGUGUUCCGACACAUGGGAUGAAGACGGCAGUCAAAUUAUUUUCAAAGAGGAUGUUGUUAUGAAAGAGGAUAUUAUUUUGAAUGAGAAUAGUUUGAACGAGAAUGUUGUUUUGAACGAGAAUGUUGUUUUGAAUGAGAAUUAUGUUUUGAACGAGAAUGUUUUGAAUGAGGAUGAGGACGUUGUUUUGAAAGAGGAUGAGGAAUUUGUUUUGAAAGAUGCGAAAAUUGUUUUGAAAGAGGAUGAGGAAGUUGUUUUGAAAGAUGUUGUUUUGAAAAAAGAUUUUGUUUUGAAAGAAGAUACCGGUAUUCCUUUGAAAGAUCAUGAUUCGAAAGAUGUUGCUAUGAAAGAGGAUGUUGUCACAGUUGAAGUUAUAACAAGCCUUGACUAAAAUUUUAUAUGUAUUGUUAAAGAUCGUUAUGUAAGAUAUAAAUAAGGAGAGAGAGAGACAAAUGGGGUUUACGUCCACGUGACACAAACUAGGUCAUUUCGGGACUAACAUAUGGUUCAAUUUUAUUUCCAUAAUUCGCUUGCGCUUAGGGGUCUUUAGCAGUGGGAGGAAACCGAAGGACCCGGAGAAAACCCACGAAGUUGGACAAGCGACUCUACUCCUUGUCACGUACAACCGGGGAUUCGAAACCAUGCCAGUUGACUCAAUGAUAGACGUUAUGAUACAGCAUGCACAUUCUAACCAACCCCCCUAUAAAUAAGGAGCUGGUUGUUCUUGCUACAUGUAUAUUACAUGUAGAUCAAAAAUAGAUAAUGAAAAAAUGAAUGUAUUGAAAAGUUCAUUCAAAUGACUUUAUUCUGGGUGAAGUUAUGAGUGUUGGAAAGUUUGACAAGAUCUGAUGCAGAUUGUUCAUUAUCGUUGCAGCGGUACUUGACAAUUGUGCCAAAGUCUUGAUUAUCCAUUUUAUCAUUAAAUUUUGAAUCUUG